UCUGUUGUGAGUAUAUAUAUUUAUCAUUGCACUUGCUCGACUAAAUACCUGGACAAGGGUCACACGAGCAUCAAGCAGAACAGUGCAGCCUACUGGUCAGAUGUGAUUCUCAUACCCUACUCUGCGGUUCUGCUGUUUGUGAAGGAUAUUACGGAGCGUCAUCUUAUUUUUGGAAGAAGUUCACGUCUGCAGUCCUGGAGAGAAAGCGUUCUUAACCAAACCCUCGAAAACACGGGGCACAGCCGGACAAGUGGAAGCCAUGAAAACAGUGCCAAAGGAUGAUAUGAAAUAUAAAGGGGAAAAAAAGAGGAAUGAAUAUUCAGAACAUUGAUAUUUAAUCGAAAACUGAUUGAAAACUAAUCACUUUGACCAGCUUCACAAUAUUGAUUUGGGGACUGAAAACACCGUAUUCUUAGUUGCUGAGGAGAACGCCGGACAGCUGCGGACUUUAAAAGUUUUUUUGUUCUUUUUCUCCGCCUAUCAGAUUUCUUCUGCAUUUGAAAAUCCAGGCUCCUGCGUACGGGACCCAUCUGAAUCCUUUCUGAACUGCCUGCAAGCGCACCGCUUAUGCAGAAAACUGAAAAGCAUGUUGAUUGCCACCAUAGAGGAGCUAUUGCAUUCCAUUACGGUCAUGUAAAUAAAACCAUUAAAAGGAUAUAAAAGAAAAGUGCGCGCUCUCGGCGAAGCGCAGCAUCAGCACCAGCAACCAAUGCGCGUCCCCGCCCCGGUAGAGGCUGCCCGAGAUCCCGGGAAGAGGAGUUGGAGCCGCGCGAGUUAAAGUUGGGCUAAAGGGGGGUGAGAGGAUGCUGCAGAACAAUCUACGAUCUAAUUAACAUAGCAUAUGUGGAUAAACGUGUCCUAAGUGAAGGAUGACUUGCAAAGCACUGAGCAUAUGCCUCUUGUUUUGGGGGUUUCAACAUUGCUCAUCACGAGAAUGUGUCGAUCCACUCGUCUCUGGGCUGUAUGCGUCCUCCUUCCUGGCCUCUUCCAGAUAUAACUUUCUGUACUCUGCCAAUUUUGCCAAACUAUAUGGCAGCAGUGGCUGGUCCCCUUCCCCAAGGGACAGACAGCCAUGGUUACAGAUAGACUUGGGCAGGAAGUACCGACUGGUGGCAGUUGCGACUCAGGGGACCUUCAACUCAUAUGAUUGGGUCACCAAAUACACUCUGCUCUACGGAGAUCGACCAGACUCCUGGACGCCAUACAUCAUGAAAGGAGGCAACUCUACGCUGCCUGGUAACUGGAAUUAUUAUCAGGUGAAGAGGAAUGUCUUCCAUUACGCCUUUACUGCUAAACAUAUUCGUCUGCUGCCUCUGGCAUGGAACACAGAGAAUGGAGGGAAGAUUGGUGUGAGACUGGAGCUGUUUGGCUGCCCUUAUGAUUCCUAUGUGCUACAGUACAAUGGAGAUGACUCAGUGGUCUACAAGUAUCCUGAAAAAAAGUCCCGUACGCUGCAGGACCACAUUGCCAUAAACUUCAAGACUCUGGAGCAGGAUGGCCUUCUUUUGCACAGUGAAGGGAUUCAGGGAGACCUCUUUACCCUGGAGCUGAAGAAAGGCCGGCUUUACCUGCACAUCAGUCUUGGAAGCAGUAAUGUACACAAAGUUAAUGGACGGACUACACUGACCGCUGGCAGCCUUCUUGAUAAUCUCCACUGGCACUAUGUCACAAUCAAACGUUAUGGUCGACAGGUGAACCUCACAGUGGACAGUCAGACAGUGACAGCCAUAUGUAAUGGAGAAUUUACUCACCUGGAUCUAGAUAAACAGAUCUAUGUAGGAGGAGUAAUAGAGCAAAACAUGCCUCACCUCCCUAACACGCCAAAUUUCGCGGGCUGUAUGGAAAACGUCUUCAUCAAUGGCAUCAAUGUCAUCGACAAAGCCAAGAGAGAAGAUCCCGACAUCCAUAUACCAAGAAGGAAAAAGAUGCAUUUUACCUGCCGUGACAUUCUGCUGAAACCAAUGACCUUCGCUGGGCCCAAUAACUACCUGCAGGUGCCAGGGUUCUUCAGGAGGCCCCGCAUGUUUGUCAAGUUCAAGUUCCGCUCAUGGGACUACACAGGGCUUCUGAUGUUCACACGUUUUGCUGAUGAUCUGGGUGCUCUUGAGCUGGGUCUGAGCGAGGGACAGAUCAAUGUCACUAUAUUCCAGCCUGGCAAGAAGAAAAUUCAGUUUGCUGCUGGAUACAGACUAAACGAUGGUUAUUGGCAUUCAGUGGAUUUGGCAGCCAGAGACAACCUGCUAACUCUCACUAUUGAUGAGGAGGAGGGCUCACCACUAAAGAUCACCAACCCUUUCCUUAUUCGGACAGGCGACCGCUACUUUUUUGGAGGUUGUCCGAAAACUAAUAACACAGUCAGGAAAUGUGAAACCAAGCUGAAUCGCUUCCAUGGUUGCAUGCAGCACAUCUUCAUAGACAACGAACAGCUCGAUAUUGACAUUAUUCUGAUGCGACAGUGGGGAAGAUAUGCUGAGCUGUUGUUGGGCACCUGUGGGAUCACUGACAGAUGUACUCCAAAUCCAUGUGAGCACGAAGGUAGAUGCAUCCAGUCCUGGGAUGACUUCAUCUGCUUGUGUGAGAAUACAGGCUAUAAAGGAGAAGUGUGUCACAUGUCGGUUUAUAAAGAAUCAUGUGAGGCCUACAGACUCAGUGGCAAGUAUUGGUCUGGAAACUACACCAUCGAUCCUGAUCUCAGUGGGCCAUUGAAACCAUUUGAAGUGUACUGCAAAAUGAAAUCAUAUAAAGCUUGGACAGUGAUACUGAGUGAUCGAGUGGAAGGUACUAAGGUGAUUGGGAGUUCAAUCGACAAGCCAUAUAUAGCAGAUGUCAACUACUGGAAUGCCUCCUGGGAUGAAGUCACUGCUCUUGCAAACACCUCCAUGUACUGUGAACAGUGGAUAGACUACUCCUGCUAUAAGUCCCGUCUCCUCAAUACCCCCAAUGGAAGGCCUUUCACUUACUGGAUUGGUCGCAACAAUCAGAGCCAUUAUUAUUGGGGUGGGACAUUCAGAGAAGUCCAAAAAUGCGGCUGUGCUGUCAAUCAAACCUGUGUCGACCCCAAGUUUCAGUGCAACUGCGACGCUGACUAUAGACAAUGGUACUCGGACAAAGGCUACUUGGACUUUAGAGACCAUCUGCCUGUGAGGAGGGUGGUGGUCGGGGACACCAAUAGGACCGGCUCAGAGGCGCAUUUCACAGUUGGGCCACUCCGCUGCCAUGGCGACAGAAACAUCUGGAACACCAUAGCCUUCACAAAGCCCACUUACAUAACAUUCCCCACCUUCAGGCCUGGAACAACUGUUGACAUCUCUUUCCACUUCAAAACCUAUCGUGACCAUUGUGUCUUCCUGGAGAACUCUGAUGAUCAUCUUAGAAACUUUAUAAGAAUAGAGCUCAAUACCACCCAGGAUCUUGCAUUUGUAUUUAUGGUUGGCGAUGGCAUCCUUAAUGCGACCCUACACUCUCCCGUGCCACUUAAUGACAACGAGUGGCAUUUCGUUCAGGCUGAGCUUAACGUGAAGUUGGCUCGGAUUAAGGUAGAUUAUCAGCCAUGGGCAGUCAAACGCUUCCCACCUCAGACUUUUAUCACCAUGAAGUUCACACAUCCUCUCCUUGUAGGUUCAGCCAACCGUACCUUGAGACCUUUCUUGGGCUGCCUUCGAGGGUUGCGGAUGAAUGGCGUGCCUCUCGAUUUAGAGGGGAAAGUAAACGAAGAACAGGGCAUAAGGAGGAACUGUACUGGGCAGUGUCUUAAUGCUACCAUACCAUGUCGAAACAGCGGGCAGUGUAUUGAGGGAUACGCUUCCUAUACUUGUGACUGUAACAAUACAGCCUUUGAUGGUUUCUACUGCCAUAAAGAUAUUGGAGCUUAUUUUGAGAUUGGAUCAUGGAUGAGGUACAACAUACGAAAGAAGCCAGUAUCAGAUGAAGCAGCGUGGGCCAACUGGAUUGACCCGCACUACGACAACUUCAGUCUCGGCUACAACGAUACAGCAGAUGACAUAGAGUUCAGUUUUAGCACUGUUCACACACCAGCCGUGUUGCUCUACAUAAGCUCCUUCGUCCAGGACUACAUCGCUGUCAUACUCAAGACUGAUGGUAGUGUAGAUCUGAGGUAUAAGCUGGGAGUCAUAACACACAAGUACCAGCUGACUCACAGAAACCUGGCAGAUGGAUUCCCUCACUAUGUGAACAUAACCAGACACAACAGAACCAUCAAAACCCAGGUGGAUUACAUGGAGCCUAUAGUGGAAAAGAUAACCUUGGUGGAAGAUGCCAGGUUUGACUCUCCAAAGUCCAUGUUCCUGGGCAGAGUGAUGGAGGUUGGUGACAUUGACUAUGAAAUCCAGAGGCAUAAUGCUCCAGGCUUCAUAGGCUGCAUAUCUGGGGUCAGAUAUAAUGUCUACGCACCUCUGAAGACCCUGUUCCGUCCAAACGAAACAGACCCUCCUGUACAGACGCACGGCUAUGUCUCUGAGUCUAAUUGUGGUGCCUUCCCUCCUGUGCUCGGUUAUGUACCAUGGGAGGCCGAUCCCUGGUUUACUGGAAUAGAGUAUAUUUAUAUCCAUGAUGACCUAGGUCUAUUUUGGAUAACAGUUAUUGUGAUCCUGGGGCUGCUGCUGCUCUUUGGAGGAAUGUACAGCAUCUAUGUGUAUGCCUAUCAGCAGAAAGGCAGUUACCAUACCAAUGAACCUAAAAACCUGGAGUCCCCCAGUAGCUCCAGACCCCUCACCGAGACUCUGAGGAGAGAAAAAAAGAAACUCCCAGAAAUUGAAGAGGAGUUCAGGAGCGACUAGCAUCAGAGAACCUCUUGGACAAUGGUUGGGGUUUUGAGUGGGGGUUGGAGUGUGGGAGUUAGCAUCUACAAAACCACAGAUACCUAUAUUAAGUUUUCUAUUUUUUUUGUUUCCUGAUUUUUUUUUAAUUUACAUUUUGGUUUCUGUUCCUUUGCCCAGUUGAUUUGGAUAUGAUGCCUGGUGCUCUACAUAGUAUGUAUUUUGGUAAGUCUAGUUUUGCUGGGUUCAAAGUUCAAAUCAAGCCCCGCGUUGCAUGAGUAGCCAACAAGUCUCACACUGUAUUGCAGGGUGAAAUACUGAAGUGCCUCAUCUGAGCAAGCUUGAUCUGAAGUACCCAUAAUAGCUUAUUCAGAUAGGAAUUAGUUUAGACACUGUGGGAAAGGAUCUUUAAUUGGAACAUCAGAUUUAAGUGUUUAGGCUUUGAGUGAUUUCUUUUCUGAGCCAUUUUUAAGACCGAUGAAAACUACCAAUAACCUACUGUAUAGAUUUAUCGCCAUCUAAAAUAUACCUUUUGCUGACAAUCUCUUCUGGAACCACUAUCGACACCAUAGUGCAUAAUCCAUUUCGAUUUUAAACAGAGACAGCAUCUGAAGUGGUGAACUAAAGCAGUGCAAGGAAAAUCAACACACAAGAUUGGUGUUCAUGGAUAAAAAAAAAAAAGAAGCAUCAACCGAAAAGGAAUAUACUGAUAAGCAUGGAGCUUUGUGAUGAUAAGCUUUGAGAUGAUACGUACAGAUUCUAAAAGGUACAUAUGCUUAUGUUUGUUGUAUUGAACCCUAUAACAUUGCAUUAUAUAUACAGUGUCAGUAGAAAGCAGCUUUGCCGAUUACAGUAUGCUCAGAUUCAUAACACAUUCUCAACGAUGGGGGCUUUGGACAUGAGAAUGUGAUGGUCUGAAGAUACAGUACCUCUGGCUGUAGGAGCUAACAGACUGUUGGUGUACUGCAGAACGAAAACAAAAAAAGUUCAAGUGAUGAAGCUUGCCAGGGACAGAGUGAACUAGAUCUUAUUUCUUCUGUCUUACUUCUGGUUGCAUAUUAUGAUCAAUCUGCCAAUAGGUUGGUGCUACAGACGUUUGAAUCUCUAACGUCUCAGAGUGUCAGAACAAAAAGAGUAUAAGUCCUUCCACAAUCCUUUCUUUUUCAGUGAAAACAAAUUUCAGGGAAAAGCUGCUAUGGCCAUAUGGGAAGCAUACAUAUAAACACACAUGCACAUACACACAUACACACAAUAACAUAUGUACAGAGGACCACAAAAAUGUAAAUGCUAAUCUUUUUCUUUUAGCUCAUACUGCUAAAAUAUUUUUCAUUAUAUUGUAGUGCAGUAGCUGACCACAAAGUCAUCACUGCUGCUGAUUGUUUAGCUGCUUUCAGUGAAAAAGUGGAAAAUUCUACAGUCACAUGAAAUUUUCAUCUCUGGCAAGAUGAAAUAUCAUUUGAUCUGUGGUGCAACCAAAGCUUAGGGCUAUCAUCACUCACUGCAGCUCCUUGUGUACACUAAAGCACUAUCGUGUAUGUGGAAAACAAUGAAAAAAGUAACACAUUUGCAACAUAUCAGCUAUGCAUAUGUAGAGCAUGAGCGCACUUUGCAGUAACAUGCAAUAAUAUUAGCUUCUUCCAGCCACCAAUAAUGUUAAUGCCUCAGUUUAAUUUGCUAAUGCACAAUAGCAAGUAGGAUGCAAUGAGUGUAUACGUAACUAUAUGAAUAAUGUGUCAAGUGACUUGUUUUUAAAAUUCCUUCAGUUUGUACAAGAAAAGCUACAGUCAAAUGGAAUGGUUUGAAUGUAUAUCCUCAGACUGUGUAAUGUAUGAGCAGACACUACACUGAAGACCUGCUCUGUUUUUAUUGUAGACUGCUUAGUACUGAAAGUAAAACUAUUCAUUGUAGCUUUUUAGAAUGCUCAGGAUAAAGAAAGUACAGUACUUGUUCUCUGUAGCACUAAUACACCUCCAAAACUCAACAUUGUUGGUUUUUCUUCCGUUACAGAUGGACAGGACUGUGCGAAGUUGUACAGUGAAAGAAUGUACAGUAGAUGUAAAAACUGCAAUUACUGUAAAGGCACGACUUGCUAAUAAUGUAUGAACAUGUACAGAUUUGGCCAAAACUGGCAAAUACAGGCUCUAUUUUUCAGAAUGUACUUUAAUAACACGAAUGAGAGUGAAAAGUGAGCAAACAGAGUGAAACUGAUGGUUUGUGAUGAUCGAAGAAUGACUUAUGUUUUUGUUAUUUGGACAAUCGCCACAUCAACAAACUUGGGUCAAAUGUGCUUUGUUGCCUUUUAGCAAAGAGUCAACUUCUUUAUCAUAUAAAUGUAUAUAUAUCACUGUAUUCAUUGGUAAAUGGACUGUAAGCAUUCAGCAUUAGCAAUGUUACAUUAUUGCACCUCACUAGUUAAUUCA